GGCUAGGGUAAGUACAAUUUCCAAUAUGGCAGAAAACAAAUGGCUGCAAGUAAGUUCCCGCAAAAACGAACUGCAGAAAUGGCUUAGAGCACGUGGUUUGAAAACAACAGGCAGAAAACAAGAACUUAUCGAGCGUGUAAUUAAAGCGAGGAACGAUGGGACUGAGACGAUCGAAGAAAGGGAAACAAGAGAGAAGCAAGCGCGAGAAACUAGAGCUGCUGAAAAACUACAGAGUCCAUCCGAAGAUCUUCCAGAUCCUAGAACCUUGAACAACUGGACAAGGGAUCUCUCCAAGCUGCCGCCGAUUGGUUAUAAAGAAAUCAUAGACUAUCUAGUUUAUGGAAGCUGCAAAUUCUUCCAAAGGGAGGAUAUGAAGUGUUUCAAACAACUCAAAGCAUUUAAAUUUUUCAAGGAUGGGCACGUGCAAAAGAUUGAGUUAAGUGCUAUCAGUGAGAGGAGCAGUUACUGCUUUGUGAAGGCGAUAGUAUUACCAUCCAUGCGUCAAGACCGCGUUUACAGCACUUGGAUUUCGCUUGUGAAGGAAACAGCUAAAGUGUUUUCAGCAGACUGUAACUGUACAGCAGGGUUAGGUGAGGCUUGCAAUCACAUUGCAGCAUUACUGUUUGCUCUGGAGGAUUAUGUGAAGAGCCAUAACAACAUUACUUCUGAUAACAUUGCCUGUACAUCCAAACCUUGUGAGUGGAACAAGCCACGCAAAAGGAAACUUAGUCCCAAACGUAUAGAUGAGAUCAGACCAGUAAAACACCAGUAUGGGAAAGUACCGAGAUCAGCAGCUGUGCCCAGUGAUGGAGCGUACAAAGCAUGUCCUGCAUUACCUAAUUCUGUUGUCACUAACCUUUUAGAUAGUCUGAGGAUAGUUAGUCCUCAAAGUGCAAUAUUUACUGCCAUUGAAAAGCAGCACACUAGUCUAUCAGAGAAUGAAAUAUCAAGUGACAACAAUGUUAGAGCAUAUGAAGAAGUAUCAAGUUGUUUAUUAACUGAGAGUCCAUCUACUGCUUCCAUACAUGAAGUACCUCAGGUGGACACCGUUGAAUUAGAAAAAUCCUUAAAAUCAGAUCAGGAUAAUUUCUUUCAUGUGGGGUGCAUAUCACCAUUUGCUGCCCUUCCCCCAAGUCUUAAGAACAUAGAGGAAAAAGGCAGGAAAAUAAAGAGGAAACUAAAUUUUACUGAGGAAGAAAUCCAACAAGUGGAAAAGAAAACAAGGCUCCAAAGUAGGGAUUCUGAUUGGUAUUUGUAUAGAAAAGGGAGAAUAACUGCUUCAAAAUGCAAGCGUGUGGCUUCCCUCAAACCAACCACUUCUCCUUCAAAGACUCUCAAGGAAUUGUUAAUGNACCCCUGGUGUAGCAGAGUUCAAAUUCAUCCAAGUAAAAGAUGA